GCUAACGUUACACCAAAGCACUUCUCCAAAUGGCCGGAAGAUGGCGGCGUUGCAAAAGCCAUGCAUGAGAUGACAGUACGCGUCAAAGGAGGUGGGAUUUCCUCUCCUCCUUAACAUCAUCCUCCUACUCCUCCUAGGGAUGUAUCGGCGUGCGGUGCAACUGUUUUAUGUAUGAUCUUGGUCAACGGCCGCUGAAAUGCUCUAUUUGUUACCAGUGUCAUCAGUAGCCAUACGAAAGGUUUAAACGACCUAUUCGGUGGUUCCCGAGAGACAUCGAUUCAGUGUGAUUUAGGUAGAGGAUGUGUUGAUUUUUCUCUUUCGGGGUGCAGCAGUGAGACAGCAUCUUUGCCGGGUGACACAUCAUUAUUACGAGUGGACAAGCCCCGUAGGACACCAUGUCGGACAAAAGUGACCUAAAAGCAGAGCUGGAGCGGAAGAAGCAGCGCCUCGCCCAAAUCAGGCAGGAAAAAAAGAUAAAGGAGGAGGAGAGGAAGAAGAAAGAGGUAAGGAAAAAAUCAGAGAGCCAGCAGAAGAGAGAGGCCACCCCAGAGGAUUCAGACUUAGACCGCAAGCGCAGGGAGACUGAGGCCCUGCUACAGAGUAUUGGCAUCUCACCAGAGCCUUCACUAGUCCCGACCCCUGUGUCCCCCUCCAAAUCAGUGAGUACACCCAGUGAGACGGGGAGCCAGGAUUCAACUGAUGGAGGAGCAGCAGGCAGGUCAGGUUUCUCUAAAAACAAGUCCCAAGCACAGACCUCAAGGACGCUGCAGUGGGACACAGACCCCUCUGUGCUGCAGCUGCAGGCUGAUUCUGAGCACGGGCGCAGGAUGCAGAGGCUGGGAGCCUCUAAGAUCACACAGGUAGACUUCCUUCCCAAAGAGGUGGUCUCUUACUGCAAGGAGACGCAGACGCCACUCACCGCCCACCUGUCUGAAGUAGAGGAGGAAGAGGAAGAUGAGGAGAUGAUGGAGGCAAAGCCGGGCUCCGAGUUGGAGCAGCAGGAUGAAGAUGACAACAGGGAAAACAAAGAAGGCUCAUUUCCAGUUCUGCGGGAGCUGACAGAGGAGGAGAGGCAGCAGAUCCUGCACUCUUCUGAGUUUCAGAGUUUCUUUGACUGCAGCAUCCGGGUGAUGGAGAGAGCUCUGGCUGAAGACAGCAACAUCUUCUUUGACUACGGCGGCCGGGAGCUGGAGGACAAAGAUGGAGACUUGGGCAGUGGUUCCAGUCUGUCUUUCAGCCGACUCUUCUACGAUGAACACUGGUCAAAACAUCGCGUGAUCACCUGCCUUGACUGGUCACUUCAGUAUCCUGAGUUGCUGGUUGCCUCCUAUAACAAUAAUGAAGAUGCUCCUCAUGAACCGGAUGGUGUUGCCCUAGUAUGGAACAUCAAAUUUAAGAAGGCCACACCAGAGUACAUCUUUCACUGUCAGUCUCCAGUAGUAUCUGUGGGCUUUGCCAGGUUUCAUCCCAACCUGGUGGUGGGGGGGACUUACUCGGGACAGAUCGUCCUGUGGGACAACCGCAGUCACCGUCGGACCCCCGUCCAGAGGACUCCUCUGUCUGCUGCUGCACACACUCACCCAGUCUACUGUGUGAACGUGGUCGGCACCCAGAAUGCCAACAACCUGAUCACUGUGUCUACAGACGGCAGGAUGUGCUCCUGGAGUCUGGACAUGCUUUCCCAGCCACAGGAGACUAUGGAACUGGUGUACAAUAAAUCCAAACCCGUGGCGGUGACAGGCAUGGCUUUUCCCACGGGAGAUGUUAACAACUAUGUGGUCGGGAGCGAGGAGGGCACUGUGUACACUGCAUCCAGACAUGGCAGCAAGGCGGGUAUCUGUGAGAUGUUCGAGGGCCACCAGGGGCCGGUGACGGGCAUCAGCUGCCACAGCGCAGUGGGCACCGUCGACUUUUCCCACCUCUUCAUCACAUCCUCCUUCGACUGGACCGUCAAACUCUGGAGCACCAAGCACAACAAGCCUCUGUACUCGUUUGAGGACAACGCCGACUAUGUGUAUGACGUAAUGUGGUCGCCUGUACACCCUGCGAUCUUCGCCGCCGUAGAUGGCAUGGGCCGCUUAGACCUGUGGAACCUCAACAACGACACGGAGGGCCUGUUGCUGGGCCUCAGCCCGGACCGCACAACCAAACACCCAAGCCUUUUCCCUCCCAUCAACCCCCCCACCACCAUCCCCUCCACAACCCUCCCUACACACGAUUCAAGAUUCCCCUGUGGGCGUUUCCCACAGCCCUCGCUUUAAAUCAAAUCGGGUUCCAGCUCCUCAUCCCAGCUCCCACCCGGACGUCCCGCUAACAUUCCUGCAACCUCUGUCCAACGUUUAAGGAACCUCGGGACCCCACCACCUCGUCUCAUCUGCCUCCCACACUCUGUUCCAUCAGGGAAGUACACAGAUGUGCAAGAGACCACGAGCAGAGAGACCCAGCCCUCAGUCCGCAGUCCCAUGCUGGAGAUGGAAAUAAUAAAAGAAGAAAGUUCUGGCCACGGGUUGACUUUCUCGGUGCAACAUUUAUUUUCAGAAGAGAGCAUUUGAAGCCAGUGAAGGAAAUGUCAUCAUAUUAUUCAGUUUAAUUAUAUAAAAUAUAGUAUAUACAGUAUUUAAAUACAUGAAAUACCUGUUGUUCCAAAACGGUAGCAAUUUCAGCUAAAUCAUUGAUGGCAAUUUUGUAUUACAACUCAUUGUACAAUCGUUUGCUGUUUCUUACUGAUUAAAGGAACAGUUCGACAUUUUAGAAAAUAAGAAGCAUAUUUCACAAAAUGUUGGACUAUUCCUUUAAGGAAGUAAAAGUUGCAUUAUAAUGAAAAGACAUCCACGCUACUUUUUUUGACAACUCUGAUAUGAGAGUGGGUACCAAACCUUUGAUCACUCAGUUAAAGGCGGGAUAAAAGGAUCCUGCGUUCUCCUUCUCUCUUAGUUUCCAUGGAGAUAACACCCACAGUGCCUUUACCGUAAUACAAGUCUUCAUCUCUUCAGAUGCUCUCCUCCCUCUCUCAUAAUGCCCUUUCACUCUUCUUCUUCUCAUUUUCUUUCAGCCCCGGCGUACCGUCCACAUAUAACAUUCACAUCUCAUGCCGCAGGAUUUUAUGUUUCACCUCAGUUUCAUUCGUCUCAUCUAAUGUCUCUCCUCUCCUCUUGUUUUACCCCCAACCCUUUUCUUCCCUGAUCCCAUCACUAGCAUUGGGUCUUCCCUCUGCAGCACAGAUGACAAUUUUCCCAUGGUUCCCUCAACAGCGGCCUUUUCACAGACAGAGGAAGAGCUAAUUAUCGACGGCCUAACUCGGCUAACAGCAUGCUUUAUGAGAAACAUUUGCUCAGACACACACAAACGGAUGUACCAAACACAUGCACACACAUUCACUCAUACACAGUCAGUCUAAUAGCAACAGACGUCCAUUGUUGCCAUCGUAUUAAAAACACACAUAACAACACUAACGGAGCAGUGCGGCGCGCCUGGUUCUCAUUUCCAGCACACGCACACAGACAUAUACAGCCAAUUUAAAGCGCUCAGUUCAGAUCCACUCGGGCGGAGCGGUGGAAGCUAGCAGGCUAAUGGCAGUCAGCCUGUGGUUAGCACUGCUUUAAAUACGCAGAAGCUCGGUGUGUGAGGCGACAUGAUGCCAAGGCCUCUGUCUCCACUGGUGACAGACUCGCCUUCCACAUGUCAGGAGCGGUUUAUGGAAACGCUUCAGAUGGUUUUAGGUUUUUAAAGGUGCAACAGGAGCACUGCCAUUUACUAAAAAGAGCAACAGCUCACCCACAACAGCAAACAUGAGUGCAGUUACUAUACAGUAAAUAGCACAGUGUGUGUCCACCACCAUUGACUGUAAAUAUUAAUGGACAACGCAUCCGGUUUGGUGAAGUGCUGCGAAUGCGGAAGUGCCUUAAACCUGCAUUCUAUCUGAAUUCCAGCAGGGGGAGACACGUGCGGUUG